AUGUCGUUCACAUCGCUGGCCGUCGCAUCCCCCGCCUCCGAGCAAAUGAAAUCCAAGAAGAAGAAGCACGAGUCCAUGGACAUCCCCGCCACCGACGCACCAUCGCUCGCCGAGGCCGAGGAGAAGACCGAUGCCCUCCGCUACGGCGUCAUCAACCUCGACAAGCCAUCGAACUCGUCCACCCACAAGGUGGUCGCCUGGAUCAAGCGCAUCCUCCGCGCUGAGAAGACCGGCCACAGCGGCACGUUCGACCCCAAGGUCACCGGCAACCUCAUCGUCUACGUGGACCGCACCACGCGCCUUAUCAAGUUGCAGCAGGGUGCUGGCAAGGAGUACGUCUGCGUCGCCCGCUUCCACGCCGUCGUGCCGGACACCGAGCGCGUGGCACGUGCGCUAGAGGUGCUCACGGGGAGUCCUAUUUUUUCCACAGGUGGAGUCUGA